CACUUGCGAAGGGAGAAGCACCAGCACGCGGUGAAUUGACGCUGAAAACCUGCCUUCGGCCGUACCGGUAUAGCUUCAGAGCCUUCUCGAACCCUCCAGCCCGAUUCCGCAGCGAUUCGGGCCCCCGCCGGCGAGUUUGGCUUCCGGAGAGCUUCUGCAGAUUGGAGGCAGAGCAUCAACUGCGGAGCGAAUUCCGCCUUCGGAGAGACAACAAAGAAGUGAGAAAACAACAAUGUCCGAGCUGCGCCAGUCGUCGCGCCCGCGCAAGGCGAGCGCGCGCGCGCGCGAGGCGGCGGCGGACGCCGAGGACGAGCCUCCAAAAACACCAGUCAAGCGGCAGAAACAAACCAAAGCGGUAGCCACGCCCGCGCCGCCGGUCGCGGAACAAACUGAAGACGACGCCUGGGCCCAGUGCGACGCCUGCCAGAAGUGGCGGCUCCUCCCGAAGGACCACGUCGUCGACAAAGGGAAACAGUGGACCUGUUCUCUGGUAGGAAGAAGCUGCGACGAGCGCGCCGACGACGACACCGAACCAACGGGCACGGUGACGCCCCCGCCGGAACCGCCGCCGCCGACGCAGCACCCGGUCUCACUCAAGGACCUCGACACGAAGCCUGAGGAUAGGGCCAAGGUCAUGCGCAUGAAGUGCCCCGAGCUGCGGGACGCGUUACGGGCCAAAGGUUUAAGUGUAGACGGCCUGAAAGAGACGCUGCAAGCGCGACUGCUGAACCCGACGUCGAACGACGUCGCGCGGAAGAAGCGGACGGAUCCGACCGUGACGACGUUCCGCAAGCGCGAGCGACGGAACGGCCGCUGGGGCCCCUGGGUCGACACCGUCGUCCCCGAGGAGGGCCUCACGUACCGAACGCGGCGCGACGGGGGGGUCAUCCGCAUCUACCGCAACUUCGAGAGUUUGGAAGAUCGUGUAGUAUUACAAGCGACGGUGGCCGAGACGACGUUGUUCCGCCAGUACAAAUUCGGCAAUGUUCCCGAGCCUAGGGUACACAUGCUCUUAGCGCCAGAGUCCGCCCCGGGCUGCGCGUAUAGCUACCACGGCGUCACGAUGCGCGCUUCUUCCAUCGAACAGGCGCCCUGCGUCAAGGUUCUGGCCGACAAGUGCACGGAGAAGUUCGGGAAGGAGUGGAACGUUGGUGUGGAUGUAGUAGCCUAUAGAGAUGGUUAUGACAGCUGCGGCUGGCACGCCGACGACACGCAGGGCGAAACACUCAUAGUAGCGGUAAUAUUACAAAGUGGCGGCGGUCCGAGACGGGUCCAGUUCCGGCCGAAGACGCCCGACGCGAAAUACGAUGACUCCAAUGGAAUCACGCGGCGGAGCAAGGACCACAUUGGGGAACGGCCGUUGCAAGAUGGUGACGAAGAGAUCGAGUUGUGGAUCGAGGAGGGCGAUUGUUAUACGAUGGAUCGAGGCGUGCAGAUCGGGUAUGAACACCAAGUGCCCAAGGUGCCUUCUUACGGAUCUAGGAGAGUCGUAGCUAUAUUGAGAGAAGGCCAGCCCCGUUUUAAGGCCGAGGGCGCGGACACGGGCACGCCGAACGCGUCCCUAGAACCACCGGAACGGUGGGACUACGAAAAGAACGGCGGCCGGUUCGGGAAAAUUGCGAAGGUCGACGAAGGUGAAGGUGUCUAUUAUAGCAGGGAGCACUUGUGUGCGACGGGCGGGCACAACCAAGCGCAACGUGGGGUCAGUGGUUCGCUCGAGAGAGGUGCCGAGUCCGUCGUGGUGUCGCGGUGUUCUUCGAAGAUGCGGGAGGCCGACGGCGUCUCGUGGUUGCGGUACACAUCAACUCGAAAGCAGGGUGCGGCUGCUCUAUGGAGGAAUUUGGUGACGAACGGCCAGCCCAUUCGGGUGUUUCGCUCCUCCAAGCUGGCGAACGCGUGGGCGCCUCCUCUGCUGAAUGGCAAGAAGGAGCCGGCGCAGUACCGCUACGACGGCUUGUAUGACAUCGCGUGCAUGUGGGACGACGAGGGGAACCGAUCUGUCAAACAACCCAGCCAGGCGCCGCCCGGUUCUCGAAAGGGCAAGAAGCGCAAGGCGCCUCCAUCCAUGCCGCGGACCGUGGCGACGCGCGGCGUGCGGCCCGACAUCCUCCAGGCGCUGCCGCCGCCCGCAGUGCCCGCGGUCGUCCAGGCGCCUCCUGUUAGUCCUCAGGGGCCUCCGUCGACGCCCGCGGCCGCACGCCCGGACAGCCUCCAGGCGCUGCCGCCGCCGCCGCCGCCGGCAGAGACUUUGGGUAACGACGACAUGGACUGCGACGGCCGCGGACCGGCGCCGACCGCCGGGACCAACUUCGUCGUCCCGCCCGUGCGCCAGAGCUACGAGCAGCCGAUCGACGCCGCCGGCGCGAGCGACGACGGAUGCCCGAUGCCUGGGCUGGUCGCCGAGACCGCCGCGGCGCCCGAGGUUCCUGCGCCCGCGCCUCCAGCCGAGCCCGCAGCGAUGGAGACCGAGCCCACGGCCGCGCCGAAGGCUGAGCCGGAGCCCGCGCCGGAACCGGCGGCCUCCGCGCCGGCCGCCGCGGCUGCCCAGGCGGACGCGAGCGACGGCGGCGGGCCGAAGACGGAGCCGGACGCCGGCACUCCGGCCGCCGGGGACGACGCCGCCGACGCGAAGCUGGCGCUGGCCCCCAUCGCACCGGCCGCGGCCGCCGAAGGCGAGGAAAUGGGCGCGCCGGCGUACACGUUCCUCCUCAGGAGAAGGGAGGACGUCAACGCGUGCUCGAACGCGGAAUUGAUAGAGCGCUUGACGAAGCAGGCGGGCGGCCUCGCGCCGCCGCCCGAUCUUAUGCCGGAGACGCUGCCGCGAUUGGCCUGGGUCUGCGACGCUGCCCCAGAUAGGUAUGAUGACGACGACGAGGACUUCUUCGGCGGGCCCGGCGGUUAUAAGAGGGCGCGUUGCAUGCCGGAGGUGGACUUGAAAGCAAGGUGCGCCGAACUACUGGGCGAGAUGGUCGCGCUGACGGUCGCCGAGGCCGGCGGGCUGCACGGCGGCGAGGGCGCUCCAAUUUGGAGCGGCUCUUUCGUCCAACAAGACUACGCGCGCUGGCUGGCCCACCGGCGCUUGUUGUGGCGGUCUUUAAGAUUUGCGAAACAACGAAAGUGCCCGCCGCCCAUCGAUACGAGCACCGGCGCCGAGUGGGCCGAAGCACUAAAAGCGACGACCGAGCGGAGCGUCAUGGCCAUGGUCGCGGCGGCGCAGCGACGGGCGCACUGCGCUCCUGUCGUCGAAGACAUUCUCGAGGAGGACGUUGCUGAAGGUCUGUGUGCGCUGUGCGGCGCGGGCGCCGACGACGAGGCUGUAGAAGGGCCGCUCAUGGCGUUUAAGAAGGGCGACGAGCGCGUUCUAGUGCACCAGGCCUGCGCGUCGUGCUCGUCGGAGGUGUACUUUGAUAUGCAGUCUAGGCUCUGCAACGUGUUGAAAGCAGUUAAAAGAGGAAGAGGCCUCAAGUGCGCCGCGGGCAAAAAAUGUACAAGGCCCAGGAAAUCGGGCGCGACGGCGGGCUGCUCCGUCGCGUCAUGCAAGCGCAGUUAUCAUGUGCGGUGCUGCCUCGACACGGGCUGGACCUUCGGGCCGAACAAGACCUUCUUCUGUCCGGUCCAUAGGCGGGCGAACUACGACCCGAAGGACAUGUCGGACGAUUGGUGGACCUUCGACUGCGCCUGCGGCCGGAAGGGCCUGAACUUCGACGACGGCACGGCCAUGUGGGAGUGCUCGAAGUGCGGGUCGUGGCAGCACGCCGCGUGCGCGGGCGGCGCCGAGGACGCGGAGGCGCCCGACGACUACGCGUGCUUCCGCUGCCGCGGCUGAAGCCCCUCCCCCUCCCCCUCCCCCAUCGCGUAACAUUGAUUACCUCGA